UUCUAUACUAUCACGUUAAGGAGAGCUUUCAACACAACUGUUCUACGUUGCAUAGCGGUCGCCUGAUUACUCAAUAAUGGUAGACAUAAUGCAGCGUGGCUCUACCAGCAGAGAAAUGCUGGAUAGAUUGGAGGAUCAUGCAGAUUGGCUUGUACGAAAAAGUCGACGUUAUCUACCUCAUAUAGCUAGAUUCUGUCUCGUAUCUACAUUUAUUGAAGAUGGUUUUCGACUUUUAACUCAAUGGUCUGAUCAAGUGGAUUAUAUCCAAUCUGUUUGGGGAACCUAUGUCAUAUUUGCAGCCUUUUUCAUUUUAUUGAACAUCUGCUUACAGUUUAUUGGAAGUGCUUUUGUCUUGGGUCGUUAUCGAGUGAAAAUUGGCGUUGGAAUUCUUAUGUCAACUGUGUUAUUACAAACUAUUGGUUAUAAUAUUUGGACAAAAGUAUUCUUUAUGCGUAAUCUAUCACUUCUUGGUAGUUUAUUAUUAUUAUUAGCUGAAGUACAACAAGAAACACGUAGUCUAUUAGCUGGUCUACCAUCAUCUGGUGAAAAUACACAUCGACAAUAUAUUCUACUUGGUGGUAGAAUACUUAUUAUUCUAAUGUUUGUCACAUUAAUUCAUUUAGGUAGUAGUAUAUUCUAUGUUAUACAAUCCAUUGGUAAUUUAAUUUUAAUUCUAUUAGUGGCAAUUGGUUAUAAAACAAAACUUUGUGCAACAGUAUUAGUUAUUUGGUUAACUGGUAUGAAUUUUUAUUAUAAUCGAUUUUGGGCUGUUAGUAAUGAUAGUUUAAUGUGGGAUUUUUUAAAAUAUGAUUUCUUUCAAACAUGGUCAGUUAUUGGUGGUUUAGGUUUAGUUGUUGCAUAUGGACCAGGUGGUGUUAGUGUAGAUGAUUAUAAAAAGAAAUGGUAAUAAUAAUUGAUAAUCUAUAAACAUUUUAUUGUAUGUUUUGAUUCUGAUCAUUGUGGAAUAGUAAUAAUCAGAGUAGUUCAUGGAUACAUGAAAUGAUUGAUGUAUAUCAUGAUUACUACUUGAUAAAUAACAAUAAUAAUAAUAAUGUAUUUGUUUAAUUAGUUCUUUAUUCUUUCAUCUUGUAAACUGUUCAUUUCCUUUAUGGGUCAAUAAAUGGAAUAAUAAUAAUAAUAGGAUGUAAUUAUUUUGCAACUAUAAAUGAACUAUCCUAUUAUGUUCAAGACUAUCUCUUUUGUUUUGUUUUGUUUGUGUCAAUUAACUUCUCUUUUCUUCUAUUUUUAUUGUUAUACAUUGCACAAUCUUCUCCCACCCCUCCUGUGUGUGUGUACAGUCUCUAUGUGUAAUCAUAUGUAGAUGUGUGUGUGUGUACGUGCGUGGGUGGGUGCAUGUGACCAAUUAAUUACCUUCAUUAUAUGUUUACUUUAUUCUCUUUUAUUUAUUUGUAAUUUUUUCUUUUUGAAAAUAUAAAUUCUUCUUAUCUCCCUCCCUCUUUUUCUUGCUUUUGUUUUCAUUUUAAUUAUUUUCGAAUAAUAUACAUGGCAUAUAUAUACAUAUAUGUUGUAAUUUUUUGUGACAUUUGUGCGCCCCCCACAACUCCCGCCCCCUGUAUUCGUUGUUUAUUUUACAGUUUGUCUUGUGUGUUUUUUGUUUGUUUUUCUGUUCUCCCCUUUUUUUUCUUCAUUGUACCAAAUUUUUGAACUCAAUUCAUAAGAAAGUGAGAAAAUCA